CCUGCGAGGGCGUUGAAAAGGAGACGAUGCUUUAGUGCACCGGAGGUGAUGGACGCCAAGACGGAUCCCGGCUGCGGCUACGGCUCUAUUUGCUCCCUCAACUGCCUCUUGAAGGACGGCACAAUCCCGUCUGCAGCCACGUUAACAGGAGAGGCCUUGUUAGAUGUCAUGGACCUUAUUCACCUGAAGGAACUAAAUUAUCUGCAGGGGUUUUCUCUCACUUCCGGCUGUCUUGAGUUUUCUUAUUUUUUUUGCAUGGAUUUGUUAAAAGAGCAGAAUUUAACGCUGUACACCUACUGCCGUGCUCUUGCCCGAUGCAUAGAUUUGACGACGCGUGCGGUGAUGACCAUGAGGGUUCGAAGUGAUGAGGAGUUUAUUCCAUGGUUCAAGGCACUGGAUCCCGGGGAGGAUGUGACGGAGGAACAAAUAAUGAACGAACUGGAAGAGGCCGCAUGCAAGGCGGAGUCCGUCGCCAUUGCGGCAAGACUGCGGUGGCGGAAGCUUUUUCUCUCCAUUCUGAGCGGCUUUAUUCUUGGCAGUAAGAAGUCGGAUACGGAGAAGGCGUGUGCCACUUGCCAAGAGGCAUGCGAUCUUUUGGGUUCUGUUGAAUUUCGACGUGAGGCGGAGCCUGUGCAGGACGGCAGGUUCUUCCGUGAUGCGGAGGUAGGGUACUGGGCCAGCUCCUUCACUCCCACAAAACCGCUACCAUGCGCUCCUUUUGCGGAGGCCUUGCAGGCAUACAAAACUCUGUUAAGCCAACUUGCAUCACUAAAGGAUCUUUUCAUUCUGCCCUCGUUGCAGUGUAUCACGGAGUUUGUGGAGGCGUUGGGUGCACGGAAGCCACUGCUGCUUAUGAGAUCCGUAGCUGUCAUUUUGCUCUUUCGCCAUGACCCGAGUGAGUCGUUUCUGCAUGGCCCAUCGAUGCCGCAUCGCAUUCUGCAAGAGCUGGCGGAUGAGCAUGGUGCCCCGUUGUAUCUGAAAAUCUUUGCGGGCGAUGAGGAGAUGCUGGAGGGUGUGCUGAGGUACCGCAUCCAAAAAACUAUGGAUUCCUCGAAAAUUCCACCGGAUCAAUUAAUUUUCUUGCGGCAGCAAACCGUGGACGCCGUGCGUUCUUGGGCAGCUGAGAUGUCAAGGGUUUAUCUGGUUCACCUCGAGGCCAUGCUGUGUAACCGCGGCCUUGCCCAUCGUCGCCUCAUGAAUGCGUUGCCACAUUUGGGAUCUCUGCAGGAGUUGUCUUACACCACCGACAAAUCCGUUUUUCUUUCCCACAUCCCGUCCGCCUCUCCGGCACUGGAGGCGGAGGCGGCCAAACGCAUGCCGAUUCUUGCCAUUUACGUCAACCAACAUGUUCUCCAUGUCAUUCAGCUUCUUGUCUUACUGACGUUGGAGCUGAACCUCUUUACCCAGGCAGAGCUGAUUCCGGCUCUUUGGUACUGGAAUUUCACGCAGAGGGCGCAAAUUGAAAACCUUGGCUUGCUGACGCCUCCACCUGCCACCGUGAUUCCAGAGACACGCAUCAACCGCAGGACCAAGGUGCCGCUGUACAACCUCGCCCUCACGACACGCACCAGCGGACAUCCCGACACCGUGCGUCUCACGAUUCUUGAGGCCGAACGCAUGAUUGCCGAUGCCGUCUUUGUUGCAGCGUGCAUCAUGGAGGCGAAGGGUCUUAUUGACUUGACAAGCCCCGCGAAGCAUUCCUUCAUGACCGUGGAGAAUACAUUUAAUCAUCGCAUGAAAUGCCUUCAGCACAUUCGCAGUCCGCCCUUCACACCAUACGCCCGCUGCAUCGCUGCAAAACCCGACAUCAGCACGAAACAAAACGCCGACACGAGCACAGUCUUCCUUUAUGCUCAAAAGGCCAGUGAGAUUGCCGUAAACGCCGCGGAAAUACUGAAGCAGCUUAUAGCGUCAAAGGAACUUGACAAGGCACGAAAACGUGCCAUUCAAACGCAUGUGGAGAAUAUGGAAAGAACUGCCAGAGCGGUGGGCGCGUCAUUAGCUUCCUUUGCUACCGUCUGUGACAAUGAUGAGGCGCUGCAGGGCUAUAAAGUCAGCGUGGAGUACCCAUUUGAUCCCGCCAUGUUGUGCUUUACCUUCCGCAAGAAGGAAGCCAGGUAA